AUGGCAACGGCAGAGCCGAAACGGCCGGCGGCCGGAAAGCGGGCUGCGCCCCGCGGCAAAGAGGCUGCGCCUCAGAUGAAGGAGAAGCUCUCCUCAGCGCCCGAUACAAAGGUGGGUGAAGAUCAACUUCGACGUGGACGAGGCCCUGCUUCAGCUUGCUCUGAGCCUGUCGGAGCAGCCAAGGACGCCAAGGUAGCCGAGAGGUAUCCCUACGGAAUGCCGCCGUUUGGAUACCAGCUGCAACAAGGCCCUGACGGGCGCCCAUGGCACACGGAUGGAAAGCAGUGGUGGCCUGCAGGUUUUGAGGCGAUGAUGGCCUCUCAACAAUGGUCGACGCCCUACUCCCCUUGGAGCUUUCCGAGUCAGAGGACUGCCUUCAACCCCAAGGAGUUUGAGGAGUACGUCAAGCAGCAUGCCACCAGAACGAAGGUGAAGACAGAGACGAAGGACGACAGGCCGAACAAGGAUGAGAAGAAAGACAAGAAGGACAAGCCCUCCAAGGAUGGGGGUCGUGACAAAAAGAAGAAGCAGAAUGAUGAAGGACCUCCGGAUGAUGCCCCCGAUUGGGGAGGAGAUGAUGAUGAUGGACCAGGCGAUGAACCAGAUCCGGAGGAUGACAGCCAAUACACGUAUGAAGAAGAAAGCGAAGAAGAAGAAGAGCUGGAGCAAGACCGUUCGGUCGAGGUGACGCCGAGGUCUAUGCCUGAGCCAGCACCACCGCCAGCAGGUGCUGGUGCAAGACGCGGGCCGCGACCCAGGCGUCAACAACAGCCGCAGGAGGAGCCACGAGGAACACAUCAUGUGGGCGGCGCCCCAAGGAGGCGGAGACCUCAGGGAUCACAUGGUGGUAGCAACCCGCCAUCUCUGCCUUCAAGAGGGUCAGCGACCCCAGCCUCGAGCCGGAGGACGGAGACCAUCCGGACGGAGUCCGUGCGGCAGCUGCUGCGAGAUCGUCCCGAUCAGCCAGAAGCUCGUGCCAGAGCCAAUCUGGGACAGGUGCGCUUGGAGACCUUCUCAGGUGACCGAGCGCAGUACAGGAACUGGAUGAAGACGAUUCAAGCGCAGAAGCAGCUGUACCAGAUACAGGACAAGGAGCUGGCCGUCUUGCUGUUCCUGUCCUGUACAGGCGAAGCCCGGGAGGUGCUCAACCAGUUGGAAGUUUCGGACAUGCAAGAAGAAGGAGGACUUCAAAGGAUCCUUCGCUUGCUUGAGGAUGCCUAUGGCAGCAAAGCAGACGAAAGAUUCGAGGAGAAGCAAAGUGCCUUCUUGAACUACCGACGAUCAGCUGGACAAAGCAUAGCAGCCUACUUGGCGACGCUAAAGCGGCUCCGAAACGAGUAUCUCCAGGAAGAUACCGGCUCAACCAUCAGUGACCGCGCAUUCGCGCAGAGAAUGCUCACAAGAGCGGCACUGACGCGCCGCGAACGCUACGACUGCUUCUUUGCAGCAGGCGGCGCCUACCGAUCUGCCCCUAUAGAAAAGGUCUUGAGGUUCAGGUGUGCGAACGUGCACAUUGAAGAACGCCCUGAAACUCGACGCCAAGAAGGAUACCCAAGGGCAUCAAGACCACCACCGAAGAGAAGAACCUUCAAAAGGUCAGAUCGCCGCACCCCUCACCGAGCUACCAGGCAUGCACAUGUGGCUGAUGAAGACGAUGGCUAUGACGAAGACGAGGACUUCGACCAAGCCACCGACGAAGAAGACUUGGAGCAAGAGGCACUCAUGGCCGAGGAGGAGAUGCCGGAAGAAGAAGAUUGGAGCUACUAUGAGGAUGACGCCGAGAACGAAGAGGUCGAGGCGGUGGAUCAGGCAGCUUUGCAAGAGGCUUUUGCAGCUGGCUGGCGAGCGAAGGACAAGACCGCCCAGGCUCGGCAGAACCGUGGCUAUCGAGACAGCGGCAAACCCCAAAAGGGGAGAGGAAAAGGGAAGAGGCCUGACAGCCGCAAGCCGGACGACCGCAAGCGCAACAGCACUUGUGCGUCUUGUGGACAGAAGGGACAUUGGCGCGGCGAUGCAAUUUGUCCCAAUGUGCAGUCAGGCAAGGAUGCCCCACACCGGAAGGAAAGUUCAACCCACUAUACAACAGCAUCGGGCUCUGGGAAGGGCAGCGCUCUCCAACCCAAGCGGGGCAGCGCCCCAUCGCCUGAUCGAGCUGAUGACAGGCCUCCCCUGCAGCGCAGGCCAGGCUCAGCGAGCCGUGAAGAAGGCCAAGCUGGUACAACUCCGAAGUGCCCUCCUACACCGCCGCCGAAGAAGAAGGACGAGGUGGACAAGACCCCAAUGGAGACUUAUGUGACGCCGACACCAAAGGCGAAGCGGGAGAAGCCACCUGCGCCACCUCAUCCACCACCAGGACGAGCAAAGGAAGAGAUCGAGCGAUCCCCCAGUCGAAAGGAGCCAGAGUUGGAGCCGAAGGCUUCCCCAGGAGAAAAACCCAAGAAGAGAAGGAGACGCUCGGCUGGAGAUAAAGACAAGGACAAGGAUCGCCACAGGAGAUCCGCAGGAGAACAUCGAUCUGACAGGGAUCGCACACGCGAGCGGCGCCGCGCGAAGGAUGAGGGGGAGGCCACACCGGCCAGCACCCCAAGAGAAGGAGCAGAGGAGGCGUUUGUGUCACAGCCUUCAACAGGCACAACAGCACGCCAAUGCAACUGGACCUACAUGGUCGGCGGAUGGGAUGUUAUCAAGGACUAUGACUCCGAUGGAUCCAACACGGUUUCAUCUCAGGAGCUGGAAUCGGAGAGUGACCUGGAUGACCUGGUUCGCAAGUACCAGUUCCAGAACACCCCCGCGCCCAAGUCUGCGGCACGACAGAAGCUCAAGGUGAAGUUGAUGACAGUUCUCAAGUCCCUCACUGAGGAGGAGCAGGAUGAGGAGAUCAAACGCAGGCUGCAGAAGAAACAGGAUCGCCUGCGAGACAAGAUCACUGCGAAGGCGGUGAGAUCACAGGCCUCUGGUUCGGAAACUCCAGCCAGGACGAGGCCAAAGCAGGAGACGAGAGACCCAAAGUUAGAUGAAGACAUGGGUUUGUCGUCGGAGGAAUUGCUGAGGAUCCUUCCCAACAUGUCGAAGGAAGAGAAGAAGAUGCUCUACAAGCAGUUGAAGAAGGAGCGAGAGGAGGAUGCUCUCAAGCUCUUUGAGAAGGAUCCACCAGCCACUGCAUCAACAAAACUCAAGAGGCCAGAUCGCAGACGAGAUGGGUAUUCGGCAGCGACCAUGCCCACAUCUUCCACAGGCCGCAGCCUACGGAAGGAUGAGGUUGAAGAACCGCCAGACCAGGAGGAGAAGAUCCCAGUUGGCGUCAAGAAGAAGCGCAUGGAGAAGUUCCGAAGGCAACUUUAUGAAGCAACCCGGAAUCGAAAAGGGAAGAUUGUCCCUUCAGAAGCUUCGGAUCUUCCAAAUGCAGACCAGGAGCAAUGCUCACAUCCCUAUGAGCGCUUGCUCUGCCCAUUGGGCCAACUGCAAGGACUGCAAGCUGAGGAGCACGAGGCCUACCAGGCGAACGUGCUGGCACCCGGACAUGUCAUCCUGGACACGGGAUGCCGAACGGCUGUGGCAGGACGUAAGUGGCAUGAGGCUUUGCAGUCCCUGAUGCUCAAGAAAGGUCUCCCCUUCCACAAGACCAACCACGAGGAGGUCUACCGUUUUGGGGCUGGAGCACCAGUCCUCAGCACUGAGGCUUUCUUGUAUGCGGUUCAGAUCUACGACCACAAGUCUUGGGUGAGGAUUGCAGUUGUCGACAACACCCCGGACGACAACAGGGUAGCUGAGUGCCCAGGCCUAGUAGGCCCUGCAGAGCUUGCCCGCUGGAAGGUGCAGAUUGACUUCGCCAAGUUGCAGGUUGCAAUUCAUGGGAAAUGGCAACCCACAGUUUUGUCGCCCUCCAGGCACCCAAUUCUCAACCUGCUGAACGUUGGCAAGCAUCCGAACCCAUCUGCAUGGGAGACCGGAGAUCUCAGAGAGCUGAGGCUGCGCCUCACCAAUGAUCCGCAUUCCUUUGCCCUCCUGCAAGAGGCAUUGGAUGAUCUGAGCUCAGAUGACGGCUGCGCCGCCGAGCCAGACCCAACUACGAAUGAAGCCGUCCAUUGGACGGGUCCCCAAUUUGGGAUGAUGGCCCGCUGGCAGAAGAAAUCCGAGUCUGAGACCAUCAACUUGCUGGAUGUGAUGGGAGUGGAUUGCUUCAGAGCCACUACCAGCAAGGACGAUGACGACACAUCAACAGGCUCAAUCAGCGAACGUGAAAGCGAGACAUCACACGAGGGUGGCUUACCACUCAACAGUUCAGAGGAGGAGACCACCGAGACCGAGGACGACAUGACGGACGAGGUGAUGAUAGCUGGCAGCGCCGGUGACACGGAAUAUCUUGGAAAGGGCCAGAAGCGAAGACUUUUGGCUGCUGCCAAGAACAUCAGUGAAGCCGUCGAGACCGAGCGCAACAUCUUCAAGAAGGAGAAGGAGGUCCCUCGAGUACGCCGGCUGCGCACCGGUUACAAGAUCCUGGAGAUCUUCACGUGGUCAUGCAUGCUUUCAAGGUUUGCCUAUGGAUUGGGCUGGGAGUAUCUCGAGCCGGUGACCUUGCCGGGUUGGGAUCUGACAGAUCCAAAGGUGCAGUAUGAGGCCCACCAGUACAUCGACAGGGUCGAUCCUGACUUCAUCAUGCUGGCAUGGCCUUGUGGCCUUUGGUCCCCACUUCAAAGAUUGAAUCAAAAGACUUGGACCCAGCGAGAAGCUCUCAAACACAAACAGAACACUUCGAAGAAGCUGCUGAAGUUCUCAGCUCAAGUCUCUUUGAAGAGACAACGGAAUGGCCGCGCCAUCCUGGGUGAAAAUCCCCUGCCGAGCCUGGCAUGGAAGCAAGAAGACAUCAUCGAUGGCUUUGGAGGCUUGGCAGAGGGCAUUUGUGAUCAAUGCCAAUAUGGCCUUCGACAUCCUGAAAACAAAAUGCCCCUGAAAAAGGCCACUCGCUUUGUUGGACAAGAAGAGAUAGUGGCCGAGCUCAGGAAGAGGUGCAAUGGGGAGCAUGAGCAUUUCCCUAUUGAGGGUUCAGUUCGAACCGAGGAGUAUGGCACUAUCAGCCUAUCUUCCUGGGCUGGAGGAUAUCCAAUUCCUCUGUGUAAAGCCAUCAUGAGAGGAGCUUUAAGCUUUCUGCAUCGGCCGGCUGCGCCGGGAAAAGAGAUCUACGUCUUGGAGGAGUUCGUCGCGGAGGAGUCCUUUCAAGAUGGAGCAGAAGGAAUCGAAGAAGAGGAGCAACGCAUUGCCCAGGAGAACAAGCGCAAGACUGAGGAACUUGAGGAGGACGAACGACGUCCCAUACCAAGAGAAGUACAGAAAGCUGUGGAACAUGCCCACAGACAACUUGGACACCCAAGCAGGGAUACGCUAGUCCGGAUGCUCCGGGUCUCUGGUGCCACAGAUGAGGCAGUACGACAUGCGCGGCGGUGGCAGUGCGAUGUGUGCCGAGCACAGAAGCCACCUGCCCAUCCUUUGGCUACAACACCAACUUUGAGGCCUUACGGUUUUAACCGUAAACUCCACCUGGACAUCAAGUUCGUACAUGACUCCAGAGAGCGAAAAUACCCCUGUCUCUCCAUCGUGGACUUGGGAACGGCCUAUCAUGGAGCUUGCCUUUGCAAAACCAGGCGCUCUGAUUAUGUGGCACGGAAGUUCCUGAUUCACUGGGUGCAGAUUUUUGGAGCCCCAGAGCACAUUCACCACGAUCAAGGGGGCGAAUUUGAACUGGCUUUUGUAUCGCUUCUGGAGGAUAUGGCUAUCCCAACAACUGUCACUGGAUCACAUGCACCAUGGCAACUAUCAGUUGGAGAACGACAUGGUGCAAUUUUGGGUACAAUGGUUUCUGCCAUCACUGCAGAACAUGCCACUGAGGGAUUUACAGCUAUGAAAUUGGUUCUCUCCUCUGCGGUGGCGGCCAAAAAUAUGACAGUGACGAGAGAUGGAUUCACUCCCAAUCAACGACUGUUUGGGGCUGAAGUGAAGUUUCCAAGUUUGACAGAGGAAAAUGUCAAGCCGAGCUUUGCCGAAGCUCUGGACGCUGAAUCAGAAUAUGCACGUGCUCACAAAAUGCGCAUCACGGCAAGACUUGCCUUGAUCAGAAUGGAUGUUCAGGAGAAGAUGCGCCGUGCAAUUCUGAGGAAGCCAGCCCAUGAAAAUGAAGGCCCAUUCGUGCCUGGAACGCAGAUCUACUUUUGGACACCGAAGAGGCUUACAAAACGCUAUGCUCGAGGUGGCCAAUGGCGAGGCCCUGCAACAAUCCUUGUCAGGGAGGCCAAGGAGAGGUAUUUCGUCAGUUGGCGAGGCCGCGCCCUCCUUCUGGCUGCGCCAAACAUCCGGUUGGCCACUCGUGAGGAGCUGGCUCUCAACGAACCAGCCAAAGAGGAUGCCGACAGCUUGGGUGAGUUGCUGCGCGACCCCAUGCGAGAGAAGGUCUACAAAGACCAGACCCGCUUAGCACCACCCAAGCGGGUGAAGAGGCGCCCUCCUACAGAGGAGAAUCCAGAGAGGAAGAGAGCGAGGAUGAUGCUACGAGGCAUAAAAUCCAUCAGGGAACUUCUGAAGGAUCGGUUAGCUGAUCUCAGGUCCCAAGUUCGAAAGAGAAGGAUGCCCAAGCAAGUUGAGGAUCAACCGGCUGCGCCGCAACCCAAGAAAAGAGCAAAAGCUCUGGAAGAUGGCAGCGUCCACCCAGAUGCGCCUUCCAUCCCAGGUCCACCGGCUGCUUUGCCAGGCCCCGGUGAUGGAAAUGAAUCGGAUGGAUAUACAGCUACAUCGCCCUACGAUGAAGGCGAAGGUCCACCACAGCCACCAACCGAUGAGGAAUUGCCACACAUCCCUUCGGAUGAUGAAGGCUUGGAUGAACCUUCAAGGGUUGAGGCCGAGCCUCCAACUGAGGUGCCCCCACAUGAGGUACCAGUACCACCUGAUGAUGAAGAAGAAUGGUUGGAGGAAUUCCGAAAACUUUCAGAAGAAGAUCGACGCAAGAUGGCUUUGGACGACGUCCCGCUCACUCUCAAGAGGAAGCAGGUACCAGUAGAUCCUGCUCAGGCGGAAGCUGCCGUCAAGAAGUUGCGAGCUAACUUCUGUGCUCAAGUGGCUGCGACCAUGGUCUAUGGAAGCUUACAAAAUGAAUGGGUGUCCCGAUACGAGGUGGAGAUUCUCAAGCAGCUGACUGGUCUUCCGGUUACAGCUGCCAGGAUUCAUAGGACACCACGAAAGCGCUUCCAAAAACCCCCGAAGAUGGUGAGUCGCUCAAGACUCUCAAUUUUGAUUGGAAAAGACCCUGCAAACACUUUCAUCGUCAACGAGGACGAGGCUGACGUCAAGCAGAACCCACGCCGUCGUGCCAGCUUUCUUUGGAAAGGCAUGACGAUCUUCUACAAGACUGCCAAGGAGGAUGAGAAGGAACCCAUCUACAUCCAGCUUCCAGAUGGUCUAUAUCGGGCAGACAUGACCGCGCAGGAUGCCCAGGACUUUGAAGCUCUGUGGACGGAAGAAGUUCGAGAUCUUCUCACCACCGAAGCACUGCUGCUGAAGAUGAAGCAAGGUGGAAAGGAGUUGGACCCCUCCUACUUUGACAAGAAGGAGAAGGCAGCCUUUGAUGCGGCUGACGUCAAAGAAUGGUCUGAGUGGAUCAAGAAUGGAGUGAUUGAAAGAGUCAGCCCAGCUGAAGCUGCAAGGAUUCCAAAAGCCUCCAUCUUUCGAGCCCCACUCAGGAUGCUCAGGGUCAACAAACAGACCAACCAACUUUUGCCAUUGGUGGCGAAAUCACGACUUAUUGUGCCAGGUCAUUUGGACCCGCAGUUGGGAGAAUUUCGAACUGACUCCCCAACGUGUCCUCAAGCAGCUGUACCUCCACGAGAAGGUUUGCCCCCUGCCGAAGGAUGGACGGCAGUUGAACCAGGUGAGCUCCUACGCAUUCUCAAGAGUGCGUACGGAUUGACGGAAAGCCCAAGGCUUUGGUACCUUGAGGCCCUCGACAGGAUCAAGAAGACCGAACUACAGGAGUUGGAAAUGUCGAGGUCAACCUUCGUGGCAGGAGGUGGAAACAGUGGCAGCGCCACCUAUGCAAUCCUGUGCCUCCAUGUGGAUGACGGAUUACUUUUGGGAGAUUUACAGGACAAGCGAGUCCAGAAUCUCAAGAGGCAGAUAGAUGGAAUGUUCAAGAUCAAAGCUUGGAAGAACCUAUCUGCCAAAGAACCCGUACAGUUUCUUGGAGUGGAUGUAACUAUGGACUCAAACGGCAUCCACGACGACAUGAAGCAGUACAUCAACCAGAUCAAGGUGGAGCUCUUACAAGGAUCGGGACCACUGAACCCAAGAGAGCUGACGCUCUACCGCCAGCUUAUCAUGCGUCUGAGGUGGCCUGCUCAACAGGCGAUGCCGCACAUGCUCUACGAGGUAUCUGCCCUGGCACAACGAGUGAGCCGCGCUCAGCACAGUGAUUACAAAGAGGCCGUGAAGCUACACGGCAAAUUCAAAGAGGAAGCUUCCCAGGGCCGCGCCCGGCUGACGUAUCCGAAGAUCGAGGAGAAAGAGAAGAUGUUUUACAUCAGCUUCUUCGACGCCUCGGUCGGGAAAGAAGAAGAUGGAAAAUCCCAGUUGGGAUCGAUCCACUUCCUCACCACGGAGAAGGCCCGCACAGGCCCAGCUUUGGCAUCGGUGGUGGAAUUUUCCACCAACAAGAGCUCAAGAGUCCUGAGGAGCUCUAUGUCAGCUGAAAGCUGCAGUAUGUCCAUCUGCGUGGACCGCCAUCUGUAUGGCCGCCUGGUUCUAGACCGCUUGCUCUAUGGCAACAGGCCUUUGGACGCAGAUUGGCGAGUGACUAUGGGCUUGGACGGCGGAGUGGUUACGGAUGCAAAAAGCCUUUUCGAUCAUCUCAACACCACGGGCCAACUUCCGACUGAACGCCAAACGAUGUUGGAUUUGCUUGUGGCCCGACACCACUUGGAAGCCGGAGCGUACAUGUUGUUUUGGGUUCCUACCCAUCGUCAACACGCGGACGGCCUCACCAAGAAGAUGGUCAACUUGCUUUGGCAGGCGUUUUGCAAGGUGCCAAAGAUCUCACUGAAGGAGACUCCCGAGGAGAAAUCUCUGGAAGAUCAUCGGCGCCGAUUACGCCAAGGCCAGCGGCAGCGCCGCAAGCUGAAAAUGAAGGGCCGCGCCCUACCACCGGCUGCGCCGGGCAUUAAUUCGAACACACCAACACGUUUCCCUUCCGAUGUGAAGAAACACGGUAGGUAG